GCACACCAUCCAGCUGAGCCCUCACACACUGACAGGGCUGACAGUGGACUGAACUGGGGAGGUAGGCUCUCUCUGAAAUAAUCUGCCCACGCGUUAAGCGGCUUUAUCCCCGCCAAGCCUCAGCCGGACACUGCUGCCGCAGCCCCGUCACCAGUCGGCGGGGAGUCGGACUCAAAGCGGGAGAAAGAAAAAGUGACACACGCGCACAAACAGGCGGGGAGAUAAGUUUGAGAGACAUUUGUUGUUUUUGUGCAGUUUGCGGAUCCGGAGUCAGCGGGAGCUCGGUUGGCUUUUUGGAGCGCUGAGGGGAGGAGGACUCACGGGGCUGAAGCUGAACCUGCAACCUGCACUCAGUCCGGGAGGCAGGAGGUAGAAAACAAGUGCACGCUGGGAAUCGAACCACACAGAGAAGCUGGCACCGGUGGCAUGGGCAUGGAAAACACUGGACUGUGGAUAUUCCUGAUAACAACCUGUGUUGUUCCAGGAAUAAAAACCCAGACUGUGGAGAUGGAUGACGGGAAGGCCGGGUAUGUUGGGUCGAAGGUGGAUCUCCGCUGUCGGUUCAUCAACAGUUUCCCCCCUGUCAAAAUCUCACAGGUAACAUGGCAGAAACUGGUGAAUGGCACCAAGCAGAACGUGGCGAUUGCCAACCCCUCCCUGGGUGUGUCCGUGGCCCCGCCCUACAGGGACCGCGUCACCUUCAAGAAUGCGGCAGUGAGGCGACGAACUCCGACCCUUGAAGACACCACCAUCACCUUCUCCUCGCUCCGCCUCACUGACGAGUCCAGCUACAUCUGCGAAUACACCACGUUUCCCGCAGGGAACAGAGAGAACGCUGUGAACCUCACAGUCUACGUUCGCCCGACAACUCAGAUGAGUCUGUCCACCCCGACGCUGGUGGCUCGUUCGUCCAAUCUGAAAACACCUGUGGCCACCUGCAUCUCUGCCAAUGGAAAACCAGCGGGUAUCAUUAGUUGGGAGACGAAGGUGCCGGGAGAGGCGACCACUCGAGAGUACAGGAACUCAGACGGGACGUUCACUGUUCAGAGUGACUACAUUCUGGUGCCAAGCAGAGAAACACACAAGGAGACGCUCACCUGUGUCACCAGCUACAACGAGGAAGUCUAUACUGACAGUGUCACCCUCGACAUCCAGUAUGAGCCAGAUGUUUCAGUGGACGGGUUUGAUGGAAACUGGUAUCUAAACCGAGAGAACGUCCAGCUGAGCUGCCAGGCUGAUGCCAACCCAACCGUCUCUCUGUAUCAGUGGAAAUUGAAUAAUGGCUCCAUACCGAACAGUGCUGAGAUCCGUGACAACGUCCUCAGCUUUAAGGGGCCGGUCACAUAUGACCUGCAAGGUACAUACGUGUGUGAUGCCACCAACAGCAUCGGCACACGAUCGGGCUCUGUGGAGGUCAGCGUCAUAGAAAAGCCUCUACCGCAGAUAGCAUCAGGUGAUGUCAUCAGUGUAAUCGCCUUGUUGCUGGCUGCCGGAGUGCUCAUGGGCAUCACUGUCACAGUCCUGGUGCUCAAAAUCAGAAGUAGAAAGGACAACUCCUCAAAUGAUUCUCAGUCAGGAAAACCGUCCCAGCCGAUAAGGAAAAGACCAGGAGACGAUAUCCAGCAUUCAGGACGGUUUUAUGAAGAGCUUCCUAACACAGCAGAUUAUGUGAGCUACAGACUGGCCUGUAACAAGGAGGACUACCCCGAGCCCUACUCCCCUCCCAUCAACCCCCCGCUGUCGUUUCUGCCCCAGCACCCCUACCACUCCUCACUACCAACCACCGCGACCAGCAGCAGCAGCACCGACACGUCGAAAAACACCUUCUCUCCUCCCUCACACACCAUGGCCAUCUUUAAAUACCCCCCAGUCCCAGGCCUGUCUUCUCCUCCCCCGGGAGUGGCGGCAUACACUUUUCCUAAAGAGCAGUACGUCUGAACCGGCGCCUCGUCACAAACCUUGCCAAGGAGGAGGAGGCUGGAGAUGUACGUUGAACCCUGGACUGUCAGGAGUUGUCUCUGCACUUGUCUGCACCAUUGUGGACGGCUCUGGAACUCAAAAAGACAAUGACGCUUUUGUUUUGAAGCAUUUUCUCUUUUGUCCUGUCUUUUAUUGUGGCAUCUUAUCUUUGAAAAGGGAAGAUUGUUGAACCAUGUUUUAGGUUAGGGAAAGUGGAUUUGACUUUUCUGUGGAAUGAUUAUGCAAUAUAUUGCAUGGACGUAUUAUUUAUGAAUGAGAAAAAACUUUAAACAGAAUGUAUGGGAUUAUCUCUUGAUGUGACUGACUCUGUACUUUAUCCUCCUUUGUAUCAUUUUGUAAAAAAAACAAAAAAAACAACAACAAAUAACAAAAACCUAUUAUGGUUUACUUCUCUAUCUCUAAAGUCAACAUUCUCUGUAUCCUAGCUGUGUUGUGCACUCUGACAAUCCCAGAUCUCAUCUUCUGGUUGUACCUUCUGUCCUCAUGUUGUACUUUUACUGUGCUUGUAUUUUGAAUGAUUUAUGUUUUUCUUUGCAAAGAAAUUUUUUUAUUUACAGAAGACAUUUUUGUGAUCUAUGACGUUGAUGUUUUUGUUUGUUGUAUCUGUGGAAUUUAGUAUUCAUUGACACUGGCUGUUGGAUGAACCGUUACUUUUUAGCAUUUGCUAUGAAUAAAAGUUAUCAUGUGAA